AUGAAUUUUUCGGCAAUUUGGUUUUUUACCUUCUUUUUUUUCUACAAUGGAAUUUACGCAACGAAACACAUCCUGUCAACUUCUUUGUUGACAUGUAUGGAAAACUCACAGUUUACUGCAUCACAAUUCGAUGUGAUAUUUUAUCCUGGUAACUCGUCAGUCACUUACGAUAUAUCGGCCAUUUCAAACAUCAACGCCAAAGUGAGUGCUGAUAUUCAGUUGAUUGCAUAUGGUAUAAAUGCCAUUACCAAGAAGUUUGAUUUCUGCUCGAUGAACUAUCAACCAGUAUGUCCUUUGACUACGGGUCAUUUGGACUUGAGCUCAGAUUAUAAACUUGAGAAAAGUAUAACUAAACAAAUACCUUCCAUUGCUUAUACUAUUCCUGACCUUGAUGCCAGGGUUCGAGUCGUGAUUUACGACGAUGAUGGGACACAAUUAGCAUGCGUGGAGGCUGUUUUGUCUAACGGUAAGACUGUUCAAACUAAGUACGCAUCUUGGCCGAUUGCUGCCAUAUCCGGCUUGGGUCUUAUUACAUCUGGUAUUGUCUCAGUUAUUGGGCAUUCUAACACAGCAGCUCACAUUGCAUCAAAUUCGAUGUCUUUGUUCAUUUAUUUCCAAUCUUUGGCCAUAACGUCGAUGAUGGCUGUGGCCUUUGUUCCACCAAUUGCUGCAGCUUGGGCUCAAAAUUUUCAGUGGUCUUUGGGUAUCGUGAAGGUUGGUUUUGUUCAAAAUAUUGCCAAUUGGUAUGUUCAGUCCACUGGUGGUACUGCUACUGAUGUUUUGAAAUCAGAGUACUUAUCCAUUUCAGUGCAAAAGAAGAUGAAAAGAUCCAUGGAGUUUUUAAAUACCAUCGAAAACUUGUAUCAAAGACAAAAGCGCAAUGCUCAUUUAACUUUGUUUAAAAGAGCAUCUAUUGAUCUUGAUUCUGAUGAUUUUGGUUAUUCUGACAAAUUGGAUCUGAAAAUUUACACCACAAAUGAAAAAAAUUCAGAUUUAUCCUCGAAGAUUCUUGUUUUAAGAGGUAUGCAGAGAGUUGCCUACUUGGCAGGGAUAGAAAUCACUACGUUGUUUAUGACAUCUAUUAUUUUCUUGUUAUUCUUUGCUUUUGUGAUGGUUGUUUGUUUGACAUUGUUCAAAGCUUUGGUGGAAAUCUUGAUAAGAUCAAACGUCAUGAAUGAGGGUAAAUUCAAUGAAUAUAGACAGCAAUGGCCUCAAAUUAUCAAGGGAGCUUUAUACAGGUUAAUGAUGGUCGCAUUCCCACAAUUGACUGUAAUGUGUGUGUGGGAGUUAUGCUCCAGAGACUCAACUGGAACGGUAGUUGUUGCUGUGUUUUUACUUGUCAUUUCUAUUGUGUUGCUUUGUCAAGCCGCGAUAAGAGUUGUUUUGAUUGGAAGAAGAUCUGUCAGACAAUUCAAGAAUCCUGCUUAUUUAUUAUUUGGUGAUUCGACUUUCUUAAAUAAGUUUGGUUUCAUUUAUGUGCAAUUCAGAGCCGAUCGUUAUUUUUUCAUUUGUUUCAGUAUUUUUUACAUUUUCCUCAAAUCUUUGUUCGUUGCUGUCUUGCAAGAUCACGGAAAAGUUCAGUCGGUCAUUGUUUUCGCUAUAGAAUUAAUAUUUUGUGUUAUUGUAUGUUGGAUAAGGCCAUUCAUGGAUAAAAGGACUAAUGCUUUUAACAUCACAAUUUCAAUCAUUAAUACUAUUAAUGCCCUUUUCUUCAUGUUUUUCUCCUACGUGUUUAAACAACCUCACAUUGUGGGUUCUGUCAUGGCAAUUGUUUAUUUCAUUCUCAAUGCUGUGUUUGCUUUGUUCUUGUUAUUAUUCACAAUCAUCACAUGUGUCUUGGCUUUGAUAUACAAGAACCCAGAUACCAGAUAUCAACCCAUGAAAGAUGACAGAGUUUCCUUCUUGCCAAGGUUCGAUAAUCCAAAGAAGGGUCCUAAUGAUCCUGAUGGAGCUGAAGAAAUGGAGUUAAUGGCACUAGGUGCUACUGCAAUGAGAGGUCAUGAAAACGGGGGAAAGCCUCCAGUGAUAUAUGAUGACGAUUCAUCUUUCUACGACGCUGAUUCUGCGACAAACAACACUAAAGAUGAUGAAUUGAGGUUUGGUUCAAGUUCAAGGAGGUCUCCCACUGAAAAUAGUUAUAGUGGAAAUGACUCCAAGCGAGACUCAUUAUACAUGGAAAAUUUCGAACCUACUCAACCAACUUCAACCAUUGUAGGUAACCAGAAUACUACAAAUACUGCUUACAAUAGCAGUGCUUAUAACAAUGCUUCAUUUAGGGGACAGAACGGCCAACGACAACAGUCAGGUAACCGCGUGAACUUUAUUUGA